AAUAAUUUGCAUUGCAUAUACUUAGCAUAGCAAACUCCAGGAACUGGAAUGGCUCGUAUUUCAAAUGCAAGCCAAUCACAAUGUACUGAAAACAAAAACACUCACUACUUCAAAGCACCACGAGUGCUGAUAAGAUAGGUGGCCAAAUCGAAGCCAGCCAAAGCUCCAUUGAAUGAAAAAUCGUGUGAAGCUCCAGUACCGAAUCAGUCUAGCAAGUGGAUUAACCCCGUAACAAUGAAAUUCCUAAGCGUUUUACUGGCCCUGUGCCUCUUCCUGGCCCUCACCAUAACGCCAAUUAGCUGCGAUGACGCGGAUAAGUUGGAGAAGCCAUUCUGUCCCUGUCCCAGGAACUACGAGCCCGUUUGUGGAUCCAACCUGGUCACCUACCCAAAUCGAUGCGAGUUCGAUUGUGUACGUCGAAGUGUGGAACGCCAAGGACGCAGUAUGGGACUUCUCAGAGCCGGAACCUGCUAAGCCCACAAUCCUUUUGACAGAAGAGUCCAAGAAAAAUCCAGAAAUAAGUGCCUUGUAUUAAUCAUCAAUGUGGAAAAUAUAAUAAAAAUAAGCUUAUCAGCCAGAUAUUUGGCAUUGCAUUUGAUAGCGCUUGAACACUUUAUCGCCAAUACAAAUCGUACAAAACGCGACACUGGGAAAAACUAGAUCCCACUUUCGAGGGUCGCAGUGAUUUAUGAACUCAAUACUUUCGAUCAAGGUACUUUUUGCCACCAAAGAUAACAAAUAGUGUCUUGCGCGAAUUUGUAACAUAAAUCUUUGAUUAGUCACUUUUAAUAAACAUACACGUACCUUUCACAUUAUGAACCAGAUUUUAAAAACAUAAUUACUUGUUCAUUUAUAAAUAAAGUGACAAUGAUUUAAAAGCAA